AUGUCUGAUACGGAUAAGUUGAAAGGGACGACUUCGCUUGAUCUGGAAUCGAGCACCACAAAUGAAGACCGAGGUACUCAAAUUAAGAAGCGAUUCAACUUCUGGACCGCGGUUGGCAUCGCGUGGGAAGGAUGGACGGCUUCCAUUGCACAGGGCCUCUUGGGAGGAGGUUCCGUAGGGCUGCUCUGGGGCUGGGUUUUCGUCUCCGUCGGCAUCUUGUGCAUGGGCCUAGCUCUUGCCGAGUUUUUUGAUAGCAUGUGGCCGUUAGCUGGAGGCCAAUACGUCUGGGCAGCGAAGCUUGCGCCACCACAGUUGGCUAGAGUAUUGAGCUGGUUCACUGCUUGGGCCGCCCUAGCAGGUAUGUGGCUUGGGACGUUAUCCUGUGGAAUUGGAGUUUCACUCCAGAUCCAGAGCUACGCCGUCAUCUCCAGAGGCUACGUGCCAGAAACGUGGCACACGUUUUUGAUGUGUGUCGCCUGCUGUGGCCUUUGGAUUAUGAUCAACAUAUGGGCGGUUGACAUGUUGCACCAAAUCAACACAUGGGUUCUUGUUAUCCACGUCACAGGUUACUUUGUUCUUAUCGGUGUGCUGCUUGGAUGUAGCUCUAACAAGCACGACGCCAAGUUUGUCUUUACCGACUUUCAAAAUCAUACAGGAUGGGAUAGCAAUUUCGUUUCUUGGAGUGUCAGCCUUCUUGCGGCUUUGUAUGCGUUCUUCUCCCUGGAUUCUGCCAGCCACUUCAGUGAAGAGAUUCCUAGAGCAAACGUCUUCGUCCCCCGGGCCAUGUGUCUCCAGGUCGUGGGCAACUCUCUCAUGACUUUCCCUUUUAUCAUUGUGGUACUCUUCUGCAUUGGUGACAUUGACGCUGUUCUUCAAUCGCCAAUUGGUCUCAUGAGUCCAUUCACCCAGAUUAUUGUGAAUAGUACAAACAGCAUCCCAGCAGGCAUAAUCCUUAACCUCAUUAGUACUCUCGUCGCAUUCGUUGCCGGCUGCGACCUCACAGGUGCAGUUGCAAGGGCGAUUUGGUCCAUGGCCCGUGACAAGGCUCUACCUCAAUUCCUGGCUAAACUAGAGCCUAAGCGGAAUGUGCCAGUAUGGGGCAAUCUUGUACUUGUCCUUCCCUCUAUUCUGGUGUACAUGAUAUAUAUAUGGAAUACCACCGCUUUUUACGGAAUAAUGGCAGGAGUGCUAGUGGCGUUCCAACUUUCUUACAUUAUCCCCAUUGGCCUCUACAUCGUUUAUGCUGCGUGGAAGAAGGAUCUUAUCAAGGGCCCGUUUAACCUAGGGAGAUUAUCCUACCCUUGCCAUGUAGCGGCGUUCAUUUUCGGCUGCUUUAUGACGAUUGUAAUGUCGUUCCCUGUUUAUCAGCCGGUUACGGCUGCGAAUAUGAACUACGCUAGCAUUUUAGUUGGCGCUGUGCUUAUCCUAUCUCUUUGCUCUUGGUUUACUUGGGGGAAUAAACACUACCAGGGUCCCCUCGAGAACAGUGUUCAUGCCGAAGACGAGGACAGUGUACAUGUGUAUGCUGCUUGA